AUGGCUCGUCCUGAGUCGGUGCUGGCCAUGCACAAGAGCUACUUCUGCCUGCACUAUUUGCACGAUGUGAGGCUUGCAAUCGACGUCGCACUUGAACACCUGAAGCACUGCGAGGACGCAGACCUCAUACUGACCGUCUUGAUGGAGUUCUUAGCGAACCAUACAUCACGGGACCGCCCACUGGAAUUGAAUACCGUUCGAGGGGUAUUCGCGGAGCUGCUCAAGUCACGGAAUAUCGUCGGACUACAUCGCAUUCUCGUGAGGCAUCAGUACGAGCAUCUGAUGCGUCAACUCAACUGUAGGACUCUUUCAGACCAUCGCAUGAAGAUAGUACCUCCAAAAGCGCUGAAUGUCGGGACGCAUCAUAAACGUGCAGUUAGGCGCUCCAUUUCCCGUCGCCAUUUAAACCUAAGUCUUUGUCGGAUUAGCUUGGUGCGGAUAUUGCGGAAAUCAAUUGAAAUGAACCAUUACGUUGCUACUCGAAGCCCCGGGAAAUAUACUGCGACCCGACUUACCAAGCGAAGAUGUUACGGCAAUGUUGACACCCUUGAGAAGGAAUUCAAGAAAAACUUGAUCGACUGUUUCGGCGACAACGCACUAAUGUACGUUCGUUGUGAGAGCCUUUGUGGCCCGCGAACGUGUAAGGACGGCGAAUACAGUUGCAGUAUUGCCAGUACAGGAGUGUAUGACAGUGUGCGGUAUUCAAAUUUGCAGUCAGACGAUCGUUCUGCUGCAGAGGCUUCCAAUCGACAUAAUACAUGCACAAAAGGUUUGCUAUCGGUUCAUGGAUGUAUUUGUGUCUCCCCACCCAUCCCCCAUCCGCAGCUUUGCGUAUCUGCAGACCAGUCAAGCGUGAUGUUUUGGUGGCGCAGUCACUACACCAUGAUAAAACGAAAGAUAUUCCAGGUCUGCAACGUGCUGUUCAUUAACAUAAAUGUACCUUUCAUUGCAGUGGAUUUGUUGUCACGUUUUUUCCAGAACGCCGUCGCCACGACUGGGGCCGGUGUAAGGCGUUGUUUGCUGUUUCUGUUCAACCUUGUAGACCGAGGAGGUACGGCUGAUAUGCAGCGCGAAGCGCAGAGCGUUACCGAAGACGACACCACCUUGCUGUUCAUGGUGGCAGCCAACUGCAUUGAAAUAGCGCUGAACUACAACAACGGCUGCGCUCGUUUUGAUAUUUUUUCGCUGUUCUACUUCCUCAUGUUCGUGGAUUCGAUUUUCACCAAUCUCGGAUACGAGGAAUGUACGAAUGCUUGCUUACCAUCGCUAAUGCCUGCACUUGACCGAGGUGCAUUUCUCAAGCAAAAGCUGAACGGGGGAGCCCACUCACUCAGGCGAAGCCUCAAGUAUCACCACGGAAUAUUCAAACGCGAGCUAGCUCACCUAGCGAAGGAGAUAAAGAAGAACCGCAUUUUGCAAGUCGUGAACUUUCAGAUUGCUAACUGUUUGGAACAGCUGUUGCUACUGUCUCAUGGUAUUUUCGGUUUGAACCUGACGCUGAAGGUGGCGCCAAUAUUGUUCGAGGUGACGCGAAAAGCGUAUCGCAUGUAUGAUUUCAACCGACAUAGGUAUGAACCAGAUGCACAUGUAUAUUCUUACAGCAGCGGUCGUUCGGGAUACUCGAACCCUCAAGAGGAAGGCGGCUGUUACAAUAGGGUACGCAGUGCAUGGGCCAACCUAUUUCAACCAUAUUGCGGCAUGUCUGAAACGACAUCAACGCGUCACACUACAUCGGAUGAGCACGAGCAAUAUGAAAUGGAUUCUAACGACUCAGUUAAGAGCUGGUCGUCUGUCCUUCAUAGCCGUGCUGUUUCAGAACCGGACCCGGGGGCAUCGCAGGCGGAGUCUGAAUUUGCAAACUCCUUAGUGACGGAAUUUACGGAGCUAUCGAUUUUGCUCCUUCAGAUGCUGAGUUGCUCUAAGUACAUCGAGAUACUGGUGGGUAACAGCAUGUUUGCCUCCCCAGGGUGCCGUGUCAGCCUGGCUACGCUCAUGGCAGGAAUGUGCCUUCAUUUUGUUUUGGACGUUUACGUGAUGAUCACGGACGAUUUGAUUUCCAACACGCUGCGCACGUGCCAUUUAAGCAGCUCGCCUAUAGAAGGUGAGACUGCUGGAGCUGCGUACCUGGAAGCAUUCCAGCGCUACAUGGGUUGCAACUACCGCCUGCUUGCGGAAAACAACUGCGCGCUUUACUUCAUGGUUAUCGAACUGGACUGGAUCUUCCACAAGGAAGGUAUAUACAGCAGAAGUGAGUACGGGAAACACCUCAGGCUCAUGGGCAGCGUUUUGGAGGUGACUAGCGUGUUCGACCGCGAUUCCCUGGAGGAUGCAUUUGAAGCGCACUACCGGCUGUACAGCCAGAUCGCCGUCACGAUGUUCGAAGGCCCUCACGUGGAUCCGCAGACGGCACUGUGCGUGGAAGCCUUCAAGGAACGCGUCGCAAGUUGGAGCACAUUUGACGAGGUGACCAUACGUCGCGUGAACCCGGAGGAUGAGCUGUCGAUUAACCAGGACAUCAUGGACAUUUAUUAUUCCGAUUUGCGAUAUCCGCGCCACUGCUUCAAUCCCUACAAGUCCAUUUUUACACCUAAGUACUUCGAGUUGGCCAAGGAUCUCGUCUACCGCGUGAAGGCGGCGUUGCUGCUGUACUAUGUACGCAACCGCCGCACAUACGCACAGUAG